CCCCGCCGCUCCCGCCCCGGCGCGCAGGCGCGGCGGAGCCGCUGCCGGGGCUCUGUCCGCCGCCGUGGCCCGGCGGGGGCUGCGGCGGGGAGCGGCGGCAGCAUGCGGCAGUCCCUGACUCAGCAGCGCCCGGGCGGCGUCGCUUUGCCCGACUCCGUGGGGUCGUUCAAUAGAAGAAAAAGAAAUUCCCUCUACGUAACUGUGACUCUCCUCAUUGUGUCAGUAUUAAUUCUAACGGUGGGCCUAGCUGCUACAACAAGAACCCAAAAUGUGACUGUUGGAGGUUAUUACCCAGGGGUUAUUCUUGGUUUUGGGUCGUUUCUUGGAAUAAUUGGAUCAAACUUGAUAGAAAACAAAAGGCAAAUGCUGGUUGCAUCGAUUGUCUUCAUCAGCUUUGGUGUCAUUGCUGCAUUCUGCUGUGCCAUAGUAGACGGUGUCUUUGCUGCCAGACACAUAGAUCUGAGGCCACUGUACGCCGGGCGAUGUCAGUACUACUCCAAGAGUACGACCCCACCAGAGGCAAUCUGUCACCCACAGCGCCGUGCACCCUGCACGCCAAAAAUAAAAACCAACACCUGCUUCUGUUGUGACCUGUACAACUGUGGAAACAGAGUAGAGAUUUCUGGAGGCUACUAUGAAUACAUUGAUGUCAGCAGCUGCCAGGACAUCAUCCACCUUUACCACUUGCUUUGGUCGGCAACGAUUCUGAACAUAGUGGGGCUAUUCCUAGGGAUCAUUACAGCAGCGAUACUUGGAGGCUUUAAAGACAUGACUCCUUCCCUCCCUACGCUGAACUGUACAGUUGAAAAUGCACACCCUUCAGUGUCCUACUACUCAAGGCCACAGGUGACAUCUUACAACACCUACUACCACAGCACUCCUCACCUGCCUCCCUAUUCCGCAUAUGACUUUCAGCAUUCCAACGUGUUUCCAGCCUCCACUCCUUCUGGCCUAUCCGAUGACCCCCAGUCAGUGUCACCAUCUCCCAGCUAUAUGUGGUCCUCUAAUGCGCCGCCUCGUUACUCACCACCGUAUUUUCCACCUUUUGAAAAGCCACCACCUUAUACACCAUAAAGAAUGUGGGAAAGAAGAAGAAAAUAUUCGCCAUUGAAAUAAUUGUGAACAUUUUGUAUUUAUAUUUUAAUGCAGGAGGGAGCAAGAGGAUAGGUACAGAAUAUAAUUGCAAAUACAAAUAUUAGAUUGGACUAUUCUUUCUUGCGAGACUUAUUUUAGAGGUUUAACAACGGAGUAUGAGGAAGGGGACAUACUGCUGAUGUUUUGCAGUGUCAGUGAAUAGCAGGUGACCUAAAUUCCAGCCUCCUUGUUUUACUACAAGGUUCAUGUAGUCCUUGAUUUUUAAUAAAGCGAUACAACACAGAUGAUAGAUUCUGUUCUGCCUUACUCCAUCUUGUGCUAAGCUGAAGUAAGGGUAGCCGAGAUCGAUAGUUGACAGAGAGUAUCAAUCUGUUCAAGGGGAGGGUGCUUACAGACAGUUCGACCUGUUGCUUGUUUUAUUUGGCCUUGGGGGUCCAGUUGCUGAGAUUUUUUGGGGCCGCAGAACCUAGCUCAUGUCACUUGCUGGUUACAGCCUACACGCUGGAAAAAUCUUGAGGGGAACCACAGCAGUGUCUCAAACUUUAAUGCUAAUGAGAAGUGAUAAUGUCAUAGGAUAUUUUCAUAUAUGUUGAGCAAAACAAUUGGAAUGUUGCUUUUUUUGAGGGGAAAAGCUUUAAUAGGCAAGCUUGUUUUAUUUCAGGAUGCUUAAGACAGAAGGUGAAAUGGAAAUGUGUCUCUGAAUUGUGUAAGUAAUGCUGAAGACAAACACUUUGAGUGGUUGCACUGCCUAAAUCUUCCUUGCAUUCCUACAAAGACCAUCAGGAACUGUCCACAAGUCACUGAAACAGUGCAGUGAAAACAUUAUUAUUACUUUUUUUUCCUCUCUGUUUGGUUGGGAAUUUUUUUUUAAGCUUGUACUUUUAACUUUUUUAAUGGACUGAAUCAGCACCCUGAGUAAGCACUGUUUUAGUAGCUGUAUUAUGGGCUGCACGUAAGGAAUAUCCACUACUAGUUCUCCAAGAUGUAAGUCUCACAUGGGUAAAAUUCAACACCCUGUAAUAUAGGAUGAAACUGAUAAGAAUUUGCAAUUAUUGUUGUGACUUUCAUUUAAUCUUCAACUGAUGACUGUGCUGAUUGAUCUAGAUUCCAACAGAUUUUGCAUGCAUCCUGCAUAACAAAAGAAGGUCAGCUUUGUUAUGUGACACUGUCCUGUAAAGUGUGGUUCUACUCCAGGAAGUGAUUUCAGAUGACAGCAUUCAGAUCUGAGCUGCUCAACCUGAGCAUUCUCAACUGCUUACUUCAGGGAUAAAAGUAAGGUAUCGACAUUUUAUUCCUUAUUUCCUAAAGAUUUAAUUUCCUUGGCAUCAGAUUGUUGACCCUAAUCCUCAAUUGUCUACCUUUUACCUUCAACUGAUGCAGGCAAAAAGGUACCUAAAAGCUAAAUCUGGCUUUCAGAAUCUAAAAGUGGAAUACAUGCUAGGAGGAAAAGAAAAUAAAAAAAAAAGAGACAAUCCAGUUGGAUUUUCAACAGUGGCAUCUCUUUACUUUUAAUCUAAAAAAAAAAAAAAAAAGAUUAAAUACUGUCAACAUGGAAAACAAACACUGAAGUCUCUGAUCUCACUUUUCAAAGUACACCCACACUUUAUAAUGCUGUUUUUAAUCCUAUGCAUUUGCAAAGCCUUUAGGCUAGGCUAUGUGUUAACCUUAUCAUGUCCACUGUCAAAUACUAAUCAGUAUAUUAAUAAGCUAAAGGAUAACACUUUAUCCAGAAGCAUGUGUAACUUUUCUCCAGUAACAAAGAAAAAUAAAUGGCUGGAGAAAAGCAUACAACUCAUGGGAUUUAAAGCAGUAGUGUAUGCAGAACAUAUUUUCGUGACAUUUUGUUUUACUACAGAUUGUUGAAGUGCAGCUCCUACACAUUUGCAUACUGGAAAUAAAUUUGUAUACUAGGGCAUCAUCCAUUUUAUAUUACGUUUUCCUGAAUUAAAUAUAGAUAGAGAGAUCAUGGGCAAUUUCAAAAUAGACAGUACUUCUGAAAAAACUCCCCACAAAUCAGAAGGGCACAUUAGUAUCAGAAAAAAAUGUAUCACUGCAUCUUUCAAAUAAAAGCUAAUAGUCCUGUCCCACUUCUGACAAACAUACUCUACCAUUUGUGCCUGUCAACUAAUAGGGCUAGAAGGUCUAGGGAACACCACAGGACAGGACUACAGAACUCAUGAGGGGAACAUAACUUAGUGGCAGAGAAACAAUUAGUAAAUGAUCAUGUCAUUGGUUUUGAGUUGACAAAUACUAAACCUAGGAAAUUAUCCAAAAUCUCAUUUUUUUUUCCUAAGGAACAUUUAAGCAAAAAUUACAUUGCUGCUUUAAAUUCACCAUAAAAGGACAAGUCCAUUUUCACAUUUAAAAAUUACCGGUGGGAUUUUCUAUUGAACUACCCAUUUCCUUCUGCUUGAGUAAAACUAAGCGUUUAAUGUAAAUGCAACAUUCUGCACUGUAUUCAUCAUUUCUUAUGAGAAUGUCAAGAUUGUGACUCAUAUGUACCCUUUUAUUACUUUACCAAAGUUAAAUAAAAUUGUGUGACUUUUGUAAACAUUUAUAAAUUGCAUUUGAUAUUUUAGCAACUUUCCUGUUUUACAAACAUCAUUAAUGUUACCUGAGGAAUUUUUGUAUAAUAGCAUCGUAUAUUAAAAAAACCACAAUAAAACAAAAACAAACCCCCAAAACCUAUAUUUGCUAUAUUGGAAACUAGUGUUUCUACCACGAUUAGCUGGAGGCACCAUUUCUUAAGUUCUGUUUUUAAACGCCCCCGAUGCCCCCACACUUCGUAAUUCUGCAGUUCUACCCACGUAACAGGGUGCCCUGGCUUCAAUCACUGUGAAGCUGUGAAGUCAUUCCUGAUGAUUUUUUGCUUAACACCGAAGCAAAUAAUCCAGUCAGUGCAGUGUCAGUGCCUCCUUUACUUAAUUUCACGUUUACUAUAUUACUUUGGGCCUUAUUUUGUCCUGAUGAUGUCAGCUGCUCUUUGAUGUUAGCAGAAGUAGGUGGAAGCCCUAUGCCAAGGAGAUAAAACCACCAUUUGAUAUGUUACUCGUUAAACUGCAUUCCUCACCUGUAGUAAGUCUACAUAAAGUAAUUUUCUCCUUGCUAGCCACAGUUCACCAACAAACUAACUCUUCCAAAUCAUAACUAGUUAGCAACCUGGUAAGAAGAGGAGGCCUAACCAUGCUAGCUGAAAUGCACUGCACUGGUCACUAAGUAUGGUUUUUGUGAUUUCUAGCCAUUUGCAAUGACAGUAGUAGUUGGACAGACUGUUCCACAACAGCUCUUGCCUGUUCUGAGAGUGUGUUAUCACAACAUUCGGCUCACAAUACACAGUGGAGUUUUUCAGCUAAAUUUGCUUUCUGGGAAAGUGCUCAACCAAAAAAAAACUCCAACAAACAAACAAAAACAGCCACCAAAAAACCUAAGCCCUAAAUAAAAACACCUCACACCCCCUCAUCCAGGGGCUUCCCUGCUAUUCCCAAAGACCUAGAAAAGGAAGCUACAGGCUGUUGGCAAUCUCACGUUAGGCUGUAGAAGUUGAGUUGUCAUUAAAAAGAAACGUGCUACACCCAUCUUCAGAAUUAAACUUUUUUUUAUUUUUGCCAUAGAAAGCUCUACGAACUAAUAUCAAGUAUUGAUUAAUGAAAAGUAGAACACAACUUUAAAAAGUAUGUUAAGGAAAGACUGUACAACUAUAUACAUUACAGAUCCAGCAAAAAUCAUAAAUGUUGCACAUGAACAGUUCCUAGGCAAUAGCUGUAGAAUUCAAUGUUCAGUGUAUAUAGUCAUCAGCUUCUGCAUCGUUUUAUAAGCUGCAUGCCUUAACAGUACAAAAUAAAUAAGCAGUCAAUUGUUAUCUCAACAUUUGUUUAAUUCACAUACUGGAAUGUUAUGGUAUGAAUCCCCAAAGAAACCAUACAGUGAGGAUGCAGCCACCAUUAUAGUAUUUUGCAGCAGAUCCAUUAAUGUUUUUAUAAGCAUACAAAUGACUGUGAGGUUUGUUACCAUACUCUGUUGCAAUUUUAAAUUUUUAUAGAAAUGCUUUUUCUGAGUCAAUCUAUUUCUUCCAUUACCCCAAAGCCAAUUUCUUAAUAUUUACAUAAGGUUUUUCAUUAAGUUAAACUGGAAGCUAAGUGUUUACAAAAACAAACAAAACCACAAAUAUAAGUGCAAUAGCCAGAAAUCUAAAUAUAAAAGCCCAUGGCCCCAUAAAAAGUUUUAAAAGAAUGGAUUUACUAUGUUUCCAAACCAAUAAAUAGUGGAAGUGAAAUUAAAAAAUGCUUUACAUGACCUCUGGACUUUGGAUAUCAAAAAUCACUUCCAAGGAAAACUGAAGACCCUGAGACACAUGCAAGCACGAGUCUUCUAGCAAAAAGUUACAAAGCCCUAAUUUUCCAGUUUUCCUCCAAAAAAAGAGACCUUUAGUAGGCACAGUUUAAUUUAAGGUUUUAAAUAUAUCAGCAGCAAAUAUUGAUAGCCAUUAUGUUUAUUACUGAAUGUACACUUUGCUAUGUACGCUUAAUUCCAGAUGUGUCAUGUCAAUAAAAAAUAACAUUGUAUUUUUCUUGUCAAAAAGUUCAAGAAGUCUCAAUGGAGUACGCAGCCAGCUACGUCAGAGCUACCUGUGCUAAUACAGGCAAUCACUACUUAUGUCUUGUGAGGAUUAUGUUUGACUGCUGAAAUGCCACCUCAGAUAACAUCCAACCUGUAACAUCUGAAAGCACACCCCCUUAUAUUCAAAGGGGUCUGCAGUAUGAUCUGGAAAUAAUCAUGUACAUCAUGUUCUUGGCCUACAAAACCGAAGUGCUGAGCAUUACAUGCAUAAGGUAAACAAAUCCUCCUCUUUCUCCCAUAAUUACUCAUACAGAUUUCUGGUACCCUUUUUUAUAGCUCAAGUUGCAUUUGAACCAUUUACCAUUUAAAUGUCUUUCUGUCUAGAGUACUACACGUCUAAAACCUUAACCUUGAAGGUCAUAGGAUCAAGAUGCUUACUUAAAACAUGAAAAAAAAAAAAAAAGAAAAACCUUUAACUGUAAUUUAAGCAAUGAAAAGUUACAAUAACUACCUAGUACUAUGCACGACAAUCUUUUUCAGUCAUCUCUAGAACUUGAGCAGUUUUCAUGUUACCAUUUACAAAAAUUUAACAAGUCACUAAAUCUGAAAUGCUAAACUAUGACUCCAGUAAACAGCUGUUUGUUUUUCUCAGAUCUACUGUUUCCUGUUCAAACUGGACAUGUAAUUUAUCUUCUAAGUGCCUAAACAAAUACCAAUUGCAAGGAGAAAAAAAGGAUAAUAUAAUAAACCCAAAACUGAAAACAGAUGACAACUGGACAAUUGCAGAGAAAUUAUACUUUGGAUUACAGUGGAUGGAGGGUAUUUUUUGAUUGUUGGUUUAGUCCUCAUGCUUCCACACCCUAUAAAUGGGGGGGAAAAAAAAAAUCCAAACCCUGUUUCACUUAAAGAUCUAGCCAAACAGGCACACAAGCUCCUCAGCAGUCUCAGUGCUAAAUUGAUACAGCACUUACAUUAUUUCAUAGUUUUGAAAAGUAAAUUUCACAGCCUACACCUAAAAAAAAAAAA